UGUUUGUGUGCGUGCACGCAUGCAUUGAUGCUGCCACCGUGCUGUGUUCCCCCUUUCAGCCAUCAGAAUAGUGUCUCUACUAAUCCGUGAAAGUUGCGGCGCUCUGAACCAGUGGCCAAGCCUUUUCCCACUGAACCAAGGCCCAGGGUCUGCGCUCUGCUUUACACUUGAUUGGUCCCUCCCGUGGCAGGACUCCCCUCCCUGCUGGGCGUGGGCCCGUCCCCCUUGCUGGGCUGCUCAGCACUGCCUAAUCGCCUUCUCCCCACCAUAAUUACCAGCGCUGGGCCCAGAACUCACCAACACACCAUUAAAGUCUGGCCAGCCAGUCCUCAUCAGCCUUCACACAUCCAGCAUUUAGCACAGGCCCAUAGACAGGCCUAAGACCAGGCCCAACUCCACAAACACAGCACCUGUUCAUGCCUGGGAUGCCCCGCAGCACUGUGGACUACUGCUGCUGGGUAGGAAAAAGAGAGGGGGUUGGCAGCUGUGCUGUUGUCCUCCUCCCCCUGCAGUGGAGGUGAUGUGUUUAUUUGGGCUGGGAUGCUGCAGUGAGAAGCUGUGAGAGGUAACUAUCUCCUUGUUGUGCUGUACAGAGUACCAGAGAAUCCACCCUGCAGAGACAGAGCCCUUUGAUAUGUGACUACUUCAAACCCACACAUACAAUGGAAGCAGUCAGUUGUGGAAAUAGCCCAAGCUGAUGUUGUGUGGACAAGGGUGGUCAGGGCAGCUCUCUGGAAACACAGAAAGCCCAGUCUCCGGGCCUCACUCCCAGACAGUCUUUUUACCCCUCUGUGCCAAUAACGUGGAAAUUUUGGACCUUACCAGAUCAGAAGAGGCUCCAGUGUUUCCACAGUGGUGUGUUUCAGCAGUGCAGAGGUCAGAGUCCAUGCACCCGUGCCCACACAGCCGCAUGGCCACAUUUUGGUAUGCAGAUACACAGACACAGGAGGAGGCUGAAGGAGAUCACAGGGAGGAGCUGUAUCGGCUACAUGUCCUUAACCUGUUCGGAGAAGGGCAACGGAGGGUGGAGGGAAUGGAAAGGAAAUGUACCGUUUGUCUGAAAUGGAACACCAGGUGGCAGGAAGUGGGCCGGAGGACUUUGAAGAUGACCCCUGGUCUCUGCAUUGGGAUGGCCUCAGUGAUCGAUCCGGCCAGAGAUGGCAGGGAGGGGAGCCAGGUGCCCCCAGAGGGCCUGCAGACCACGCAGAUCUAUUAUGGGCAAGGAGGAGAGUCGGCUGGGGCCCAGCCCCACUGCUCCCAGUCAUAUCACUGUUCAGACAGCCAGAGUCAACUGGCUGCAUCCUAACAAGCAGGCAAAUACUGACAACAGUCUGGUGUCUUCAUAUGAAAACUUUAGGAAGGGUUUUCACUGCAGAAUGCUGUCAAAUCUGUGUAUCCAACAUUGCAUAACACUGAAUAAUUGGUGUGAGUGCAUGCUAGUAUGGUAUGUGUGACAACAUUAAAUAGAUGCAGGUCAAUGAAGAGCAUUUGAAAAUGUAGCUGCAAAGAGCACAUUUUGAAAUAAACGGAAAUUAGUUACUUUAGUAUAUUAAUAUAUUUAUUUUUUCGCAGAAUACAACCACAGAUUGCAUUUAAAUGACUUGAGAAACUGCUGCAGGAGUUGCUGGCUGAAAUUAUAAUACAACAACAAAAAUCCAGAUUCAAUAAUAGUACAAUAACAGAAAGAGGAAAGAAACAUCAAAAAGGAGCGCAAACAAAACACAAAAGCAGAAAAUUUAAUCAGCAGAUGUUUGUGCACACGUGCCCAAUCUGCUAAGUGAUCCAGUAAAUUGCCAACAUUGCAUGGAAAUUAUCAGAAAGAAAAUAUCAUCAAAUACUAAACAGCCAUUGUGUGCCUUGGGAUACCUUUGCCUGUAAGACCAAUACAAAAUAUCUAGUGAUAAGGUUGAAAUAAUGCGAGAAAUAAGUGAGAAAUCUGUAUCCUAAGUAGGUUUUACAUAUCUAUGAAUCAGGCAUACCAUUCAUAGGGAAUGUGUUCAGCUAGAACGACACUAGAAAUCUGCAGACUACUACAGCAUUUGUAUUUUGGCCAGCUUUGGAGGAGGUGAGUGCUGUCAGUGUCUACGCACUCAUCCCUCUGUAUCUCUAAGAUGUUUACAGCACACAACAUGCAAGCAAACAUACACAUGCACACACACUUAAACACACAAACAGAAACUCUAAUCCUGACCCCCCCUUCCCUCCCCAGGCGUGGAAAUGAAUGCUGGGCACUUGGAGAGGAUGGCUGGAAGAAAUGAAGACGUGUCUGAUUUCCACAGCAACCAAUGGUGAUGCAGCGUUCCGUACUCUCUACCCUCUGAUAGGUCUUUGUCACUUUCUUCAUCUCGAGGCUCAUGUCAUUCCCUCUAAUCCCCCUCCCAAACACAAACAGGCCAAUCCUGAGACAAGACUCAGGGGUUGGGGAGGGAUGAAGGAGCUGGGGCAUGGAAGGAGUGAGGGAUGUAGUUCAGGAAGAGAGAAAGGAGCACCAGAAGCUGAUGUUGGUGUGAGAAGGAGCCAGUGUGUUAUUAAUAAAGCAUUAAAAAAAAGUGAGCACAUCAAAGCAUACAGGGGCUAUGCUAUCAUACAUGAAAGUAAUGCACUAUGGCUUAAUGUUUCCUAAGGCAUGUUAUGGUGACGCUGCUUUGAUUUGAAAUGCAUUGUGUGGAAAAUGGAUUUACAGGAGUGGGGAGAGAAAGCCUGGUGUCGGUGCAGACCAUAAUUUAAAACCUGACCUCACAGGCUCUUCAAAGUCUCGUAGAUAUUUAGGAUUUACGUACAGUAUGUGUGAGAGACCUAGACCACAGCUACAUAAACAACAAAUAAAUACAUACAUACAUACAUACAUGUGAGGGAUGUGGAGGAAACCUGCAAAAACAGAGAAUGAGCAAUCACUGUCACAACAAUAUCAAAAUUGCAUUAUUUCACAUUUUGAUCAUAAUAAAUGAUUGGAACACAUUUUUAAAUUUUUCUUUAUUCUUAUUCUUUAUUCUGAGCAAAGGGUGUCACACCUGAUUAUAUUGCACUUGGUCCUGCAGGAAGUGAGACAUCUUUCUCAUCGUUCCCCCCGUGGCCAGGUAAUUAUCCUAAUCUACCUUCCUCUUGUGCUCCAGCUCCUGUGUCACACUGGCUCAGACCACCUCUGUGGCUUCAUUAUCAGUCCUGGGACUCACUAAUGGUUUGACGACCUCACUGUGCAGGCUACUGGCAUAGAGAAACCAGGGGAAAAGGAAAAGAAGACGAAGCAGGAGGAGGAGUGUGGGAAGAAAAAAAUGAGACGCUAAAGAGCAAGGGGCUGCCCUGAAGGUUAACAUCUCAAUCACGAGGGACAAUACUCUCUAGUCCAACGGCUUUGGCUCCAUAAAAGUCAUCGUUCACUGAUGGAGGAUGAGGCUAUAGGGCAUAACAGUGGAAAAGAGGAAGUCAGGAGAUCAGCCAAAAUGCUCUCUGUAGAGCAAAAUUACCAUGAAAAGUGUGUGUUUGAGGUAACAGGUCACCAUGUUCUCAUGUGCGUCCCUUACACACCCCCACCUUGUGUGUUUGAAACUGCUAUAACCUCACAACAUACAGAAGGACUGGGGGUGGGAAUUCAGUUUCACUUUUUUUCUGACAAAUGACACCCUGACAGUUGGAAAAAAUGUUGGGGUCCCUGAACAGAUUUCUCAGUUACAAAAAUAAAAUGUGUUGGAUUAGACAAAGACAGACAUUUUACAUUCUACUUUUGAACCCCAAUGAGAGCACUGACAAAUGCCACCCCACCCCCACUCCGUCUGUGCCAUGAUUGUUUUUUCUCUCCAGAAAUGUCAUAUACUUAAGAGGUGAUAAUUCUAUAUGGCACAAACAGACACUGACUUCUUCCAAGUGUACAUAGCAUAUAGGCUGACACAGAUUGAGAUGGUGUAACAUGUCUUUGCAUUACUCUAAAUAGCCCUGCAGGCUUUACUCAUUCUUUAUAUAUGCAGAUAUUCCAGUGGAAACUUUUUGAAAUGGAAGAGGAACUAAAACGCAGUGCCCUAGAGGGGAAAAGAUAAAUAUUCAGAGGUGAAAAUUACUGCAGACCUCAGUGAUGUGUUAAAAUCUAUAGUACUCCUGUUUCUGUGUAGGUGUAGCAGUCUACAUUCCAGAAAACUCCAUGCAGAAAACUGCAUCGAUAAACAGCAUAAUAAAUCCCUUGAGAGUUGGUGUUAACGUAUUCAGUUUGGUAAGAGCAACAGCCAACAGAUCAUAUGUUAAAUGUAUAUUUAAAACAUGCUGACUGAUGUCAGUUUCAGUAAAUCUACUGAUGCAUUUUUUACUUCCAACAAUUUAAAGAGAAUCUCUUUCUCUUUAUGUCAUUUCAUAGACCCAACUUGAAUUUAGGAUAUUUGAGCGAGCUCAGGCUUUAAGUGUAAGAACAAACCGUUUUAAAGGAUAAACAUGAGAUGCAAAACUUAACUGUAGCUGCUACUACAAUGGUCUACAUUCAGAUUAUGAUGAAUUGUAAAAGUGUAGGUGGGUUUUUGCACCAGUAAAAUUAGCAAAAUUCUUCUUAAACACCUCCACACUGAAACAUCCUCUCUCAGAGAUGAAAAUUAAACUGUGCUCUUUUCCAGUCUGGUGGUAGUGUGUCUGGGACCAAAUCAUCUGGAAAUGAGGAGAAACAUUAAGGUAACUCUGGACUGCAGGAACAAUAUGGUCCCUGAAAGCAAGAUUAAUAUGCUCAAGUAAUGAUUAAAGUCUAUCUACCCAGAAGAAAGUAAUCUUUAUUGGAAAUAUAGACGAAAUACAACAAUUUAUAGAGCAGUGAGUGGCCUUUGAGUUAAAGGGUUAGUUCACCCAAAUGACAAAAAAAAAAAAAACACUCUAGGUAUCUAGCAAUUCGUAUAGUUUUGGUUUAAUUUGUCUGGGUUUUGAGAUAUCCAUGUCUGAAAUUUCUGCCUCCACCCCUAAACGGGAUUAUUUCUUCAAUAUAAAGUACUUCCAAUGAAAACUUUUCACAGUGAGGUCUGUGGAUUACACAGAGUAACGAGGACAUUGUUUCUGGAAAGAGACAUUGUUGUUGAUUGAUUGAUUUGAUUGAUUUUUUAAAAUGUAAAUUAAAUUGCAUUAAACUUCAUUGGAAUGGAGGCCGAACUGUCAGAGAUGAAUAUCUCAAAAACUGGCUUAAACCAAACCUCAUUGCACCACUAGAGGCAAAUGAAACAUAUGUUUAUUUAGUUUAACAUGGGUAUACCGACCAUUUAAAAUGGAAUCUAAGGGACUAACAUUGAGUCAGGAGCUCAUUGUUCAUAUCGCAUAAUUCACAUGCAGGUCCUGCCACAUUGGCAGCUACUGGAGCUCAAGAAGUAUCUUAUGCUAGAACAAGAACUUGUUCGCGACACCUUAAGCCAAGCAAAAGAAAUCUGGUGGCAAUACAAAUUAAAAGGACAGUAUGUGGGUGUAUUAAAUGGUAGCUGUAAAAUCAAAGAAUCUGUGAUGAAAAAAUUCUUUGCUCACUGCUUGGAGUGCUGCUCUGUAGCAUUGCCCUCAGUGCUGCUACUGGUGGCAGAAAGUUGCAACACAAAUUUCUCGAAAAUGUAAAAUAUCAACAUCUAAUGAGAGAAAGCAUGUUUGUCUUCACAUGAUGAAAUUUUUACUAAUAUACAUAAGCAAAUAACAUGACCUUGUACAGUAUCCUCAUGUAAUUGUUGACCUGCAUUAUUUAUAAGGAUGUUAUUCUGAAGAUCUGUAACUCACAGUAAUGGCAGCAGUAAGGGAAAUGUUACGGAGCAGCCCUCAUAAGAAUAACCAUGCACCAUCUAAUACAGUGGAUUUCAAGGACCCCCUUCUUCAAAGUAAUAUUUUUGUUACUUAGAUACAGCACACAUCGCCACAACUCAAGGGGGUCUGUAAGUUGGCUUCUGCCUUUAAAAAAUCUAAAAUGGCAAACUGGCAGAUUGGCAAAUUGUUUUUAUUGAACAAAUGUUGAAAUGAUACUUUCAGAGAAAAAGAGCCUCACCCUCUUGCUAUAGUAAUGCUAAAUAUUGGAAUGGUUCCAGUAUAAAGUACCUUUUAGGACACCUAUAUUUGGUAAGCAUGUAAACGGAUAAAUUAAGGUGACAGUAAAUGUGCAUGCUUAGGGCUCAGGAGGAUAUUAAUACAUUCUCCACCCCAACAUUGUUGUCAGAUGACACAUGCAGUUAUCAGAGCGGUAUAACUCUGUGUGGGGUUUGGUGCAAACAAGCAUGAAGACAUGCUUCAUUUUUUGUCAGAGGUAAUGUGAUGAUACUUGAUGCUAUAACAGUCUUUUUGCGCAGGAUUCUGAAUCAGAAACAUGCUAUAAAUAAAUAUGCUAAAAUGGGUUCCGAUAGGUUUUUGUGAGAGAAAAUAAAAACAUCUGCUUCAAAUGUUCUUUUUUUCUUCCCAGAAGAACCCUUUUAGUUAGAAAAGAGUUCUUGAAGGUGAGAGGUAAAAGCAAACCUUUCUUGGCCUUUCCAGGUCACAAGACUGCUUGAAAGUUAAGGGUCUGCUUAUCUGAGCACUUCAAUUUCUCUGUGGUACAUCGCAACCUUUUGUUUAUCAUCCUGUGUCAUUUUGGUAACAGAGUUCCUAGUGCUGAGCAAUGUGACUAUAUAGCAUCGACUAUUGUGAGGUAAUGAAUGUAAGACUUCUCAGUGUGUAAGGUGUAUGCUGGGGAGAAUACAGGCAGUUGAAGGCAGAGGUGGGACAGUUUUUUCACAGUUCUGUCACAUGUAGCAACCCAAACCGUAGUCACUUCCAUAUAAGGAUCAUAAAGGAAUGUAAAAACCUGCUCUUCUGCAGCUUUGCUUUGACAAACCAAAAUAGGAUCCGACUAGGACGAACAAACAAGCUUCAGUAUAACAGAUGAAACAUGGCUUUUCUUCUCUCUAAAGGGUGCUGAAAAAUACACAAAUAGCACUCAUACAGAAUAUAGUUAACAAAACACUGUCAUGUAAAAUGUUUUGUGUGUGUGUGUUUACAUUUAGGGGCAGUGGUGGCCUAAAGGUUACAGAAGCAAGCUUCUGACUGGGAGGUCGUCAGUACAAUCCCCCGGAAUGUGAUCACAACAUUCCUGAAAAAGAGAGCAUUGCUCAGUUAAACUCCCCCUGAAUUUACAGCUCAUUGAAAUAUACUAGCUUUUUCCUGAGCUUUUAAAGGCAUCUGAACUUACAAUCAAAAAUAUUUCAUCACAUAAAAUAUUAAAUGAUAAAUUCUCAUGAUUUCUGUGAUGUUACAUGAGAUUCCCUUAUAUUUGUCCAUAAAGCUACCAUAUUUGGUGAAAGAAACUUGA